AUGAUUCACGGCUUGUUUGUUGGCAUAGCGAUCAUGGGCCGGAUCCUCGAUCGCCUGGGUAUCUGUCAUCAGGUCCGCUUCAUCCGCUGGUUUGUGGGCUGCUUCCUGACUCGAAUCAAGCGGGUUCCAGCCGGCCUGCGAGUGAAGGACCUGAAGUUCUCCGAGGUCCCGGUGCGACUCUACGAAGCCACCGCCGUGUGCCAGGGCCUGAGGAGAGGGCUGCUGUAUUUCCAUGGGGGAGGAUGGGUGUUGGGCAACAUCGAUUCCGUUGACGAAGUCUGCCGGCACAUCGCCAAGGAGUCCGGCACCACCGUGAUUUCAGUCGGGUACCGAUUGGCCCCCGAGCACAGGUACCCCGCUCAGCUGGACGACUGCGAGACGGCGCUGCGGCACUUCCUGUCCGUGGCCGAGGCCGAGUUCGGCGUGGACUCUGACCGCGUGGCGGUCGGCGGGGACGGCACCGGGGCCAACCUGGCGGCGGCGCUGUGCCAAAGGCUGGCGAGUGCGGCGGUCUGGCAUCUGCCGUUCCCCUGCGCCCAACUCCUCGUCUACCCGGUGCUGCAGAUGGCGGAUUUCAACCUGCCGUCGUACCAGCAAAAUCACGCCGUGCCAAUAUUGUUCCGUGGCCGUAUGGCGUUCUACUUCCUGCAGUACCUCAAUGUGGACACGUAUCGGUGCCAGGACUUGUUGGAAGGCAUCCACGUCCCCAAUGAGCUCAAGCCACGCUACAAGGAGCUGCUGUCGCCGUCCAACCUGCCGCCCGAGUUCCUCGCGCGGGGUUACAGCGAGCCCCCGAGGGCGGAGUAUAACGGCGAGUUGUAUCACACCAUCAAAGCCGGUUUGGAACACGAGGUCUCGCCUUUGCUGGCGGAUGACGAAGUCCUUCGGAAAACACCGCCCAGCUUCAUCCUCACCUGCGAGUUCGACGUCCUGAGGGACGACGGGAUUCUUUACAGGAAGCGGCUGCUGGACCUGGAAAGGGAAGUGACCUGGCGCCACGUGGCGGACGGUUUUCACGGCAUGAUUAACUUCUUCAACCGGGGCCUGCUCACCAUCCGCUCCUCAGCGCAGGUGGUGGAGAGUGUCGUCGACUACAUGAAGACACUGUGA